AUGGAUAAGAGGCUUACUGGCUUUGAGAGGCCACUUGCCGGCCUCCAGACUAUGACAAUUGAAUUUGUGAUGGAAGUUUACGUAAUAUGGGGGUUCUUGCUAAUCAUCGGAACAGCUGUUUCCGCAGCUCCACAUGGGUACGAUUUGGGUGCACCAUCAGGAGCAGGACACUCUCCUGGAGGACUUUCUUCAGGAGGAGCCGGUGCAGUAGACGUUGACUCAACUAGCGGCGAGGGGGGUAUUGUUGCAUGCAGAGAUGGAGAGGUCCUACAUGUGGACGGCACUUGUGUUAUCCCCGAAAUCACAAGAAAAGUAUACCUGUUUAAUGUUCCUGAACAAGAGCAGUCUGUCGGCCCACCACCCAGUCUUCCUCCUCCGGCAGUAGAGCACAACAUCCUCUUCGUACGUCUUCCAGAAGAAGGACCAGCACCCGAGCCAAUCGUUCUUCCUCCACCAAGACAGAACAACAUUGUCUAUGUGCUCAACAAACAGGAUCAACAAGUUCAGCGAGUGAUCGAAGUACCAGCUCAGCCACAGGCUGAUCCUGAGAUUUACUUCGUCAACUACCAAGACGGAGAAAACCCUACCCUUCCCAUUGGAGUAGACCUGGAAACUGCUCUCAGUUCUGCAGCAGCAGCAGGCGGUCAAGUCCUUGGAAGUCUUGAAGGAGCAAGUGGAGACUCCAGCUUUGGUGACGUUGGUGGAGCUUCUGGUGGCUUGGGUAUCAACGGAGGCGUCAGUGGAGUUCAUUCAGGCCAAGGAAGCAGACCAUCAGGCCUCUACAAUACUCCAUAA